AUGGACUUUGCUUUUGGAAAGAAUGAUGUUGUAGAUGGAUGCCAUGAUGCAAAAAGGGCUUUAAAGUUCAUCCAGAAGGUCCAAGAAAUCCAUCAGGUAGUAGAAGCACAGUUGGAGCAGAGCCAAGCAAAAUACAAGGCUCACCAUGAUAAGCAUCGCAUCGAUCACCACUUCCAAGUUGGUGAUAGAUUUUGGUUACAUAUUAGCAAGGAAAGAAUGCAAGGUGAAGGAAGGAAGCUCAAGCCAAUCAGAUAUGGUCCUUUUGAGAUCCUUGAAAAGAUUGGUACAAAUGCCUUCCACCUUAAUCUUCCUCCAUACAUGCAUAUCUAUUCAGUCGUCAAUGUUGAGAAUUUGAAGUCGUAUGAACCUCCAAUGAUCUUGGAUGAAGACACUAACAUACAAGUUCCAUCAGUUGAUGAUCUCUCACCAGAGUACAUGUCCGAGUUGCCGAAAGAUGCAAUUCUCGAUAGGAAUAUCAGAUCUUCAAAAAGAGGUGCUAUUGAAUACCUUAAAGUGGGACGAAAAGGAAUGCAUCCUGGUAAGGCAAAAUGGAUGGAGAUUGGUAAAGUGAGGGAACUAUACCAUCACCUACUUUCUAAGUAA